GUGCAAAGAGGCUGAGGCAAAGGAGGGGGUGUACGGCCGGGUCCAGGAACAGCUGCGGCAUCUGCUGGCCACCAGUCCUCAGGCCCCUCGGCCCUCCAGCACCGAGCACAGCCUGAGCAUCCUGGAGCAAAAGUGGGGCAGCGUGGCCGUCCUGCUGCAGGAGAGGAAGGAGCAGCUCACAGAGGGCCUGAGGCUGACCACGGAGUUCCACGCCACCUCCCAGGAGCUGCUGAGAGGGGUGGGGGCCAUGGAGGAGGCCCUGGCGGUCCUGCCCCCACCCAGCUAUGUGCUGGAAACUGUCACCAGCCAGGUGCAAGAGCAGAAGGUGCUGCUGAAGGAGGCCCAGGGGCAGGAGGAGAAGCUGGCGGGCCUGGAGGCUGUGGCCACCCGUGUGAAGGACUUCAGCCACCAGCAGGAGGGCAGGGCCGUCCACCGCCUGGUGCUGAGUGCCAAGGAGCGUCUGGCCAGAGUGCUUCAGCGAGUCAGCCAGAGGGGCACCGUCCUGGAAGAGGCCCGCAAAUGUGCCAAGCAGUUCCAGGAAUCCUGGCAGCUGCUUCUCGACUGGCUGGAGGAGGCAGAGUCCACCCUGGAGGCGACCAGCAGCACCGCCAAGAGCCCGGAGGAGAUCAAGGCCCACCUGGCGGAGCAGAAGGAGUUCCAGAAGGGACUUCGCGCCAAGCGCCCGGUUUACGAGGCGACCCUGAGGAGAGGGCGUUUGCUCCGCGAGAAGGCCCAGCUCCCUGAGGACACGCAGGCCCUUGAAGAGAUGCUGGGGGAGCUGAAGGAGCGCUGGGAGGCCCUGGGCAGCCAGGCUGCGGAGAGGCAGCAGAAGCUGGAGGAGGCGCUGCUCUUCUCGGGCCGCUUCCCCGAUGCCCUGCAGACCCUCCUGGACUGGCUGUACCGGGCCGAGCCGCAGCUGGCCGAGGAAACGCCGGUGGCAGGUGACAGAGACCUGGUCAGGGCACUCAUGGACAAGCACAAGGUGUUCCAGAAGGAGCUGGGGCAGAGGGCCAGCUGUGUGCGGACCCUCCGGCGUUCUGUGCGUGACCUGACGUGGGGUGGCCAGGCGGGCGACUCCCAGUGGCUGCCCCACCAGAUGGAAGAGCUGGGCCACCACUGGGAGCUGGUCUGCCAGCUCUCCCUCUCCAAGCAGGCGCGCCUGGAGGCUGCCCUGCAGCAGGCAGAGGAGUUUGACCGGCUGGUGCAUUCUCUCCUGGGCCGCCUGUCGGAGGCGGAGAAGAGGAUCAAGGGAGGGGCCACCCCAGCAGAGGCGGAGGCUGUGCAGGAACGCCAGAGCCAGCUGAAGGAGGUGCGGCAGAGUCUGCAGUGCCACCAGCUGGAGCUGGACUGCGUCACGUCCCUGGGGGAGGAGAUCCUGAGCACCUGCCACCCGGACGCCGUCAUCCCCAUCAAGUCCUGGCUGACGGUCACCAAGAGCCGCUUCCAGGAGGUGGAGAGCUGGGCCCAGCGGCAGGAGGAGAGACUCCGAGGCCAGGCGGCCUCGCUGGCCGCCGAGCGGGAGGAAGUGGCCCGGCUGAUGGACUGGAUGAGGGCUGCGGAGGAGGCCCUGGGCCUGCGGGAGCAGGAGCCCCUCCCGGAGGACGCCCAGCAGCUGCAGGAGCUCGCCUCUCAGCACGCGGUGUUCAUGGACCAGCUGAGCCAGAAGCAGCCAGAUGUGGAGAAAGUCACCAAGAGCAGCAAAUGCAGACUGCCCAGCGACCCCCUGGGCCCCGCCCCCCGCAGGUUCCCUUCCCGUGAGUAG